ACUCUGACGUAGAUUGUAUACAAGGAAGUGAAUUGUGAGUGUGUUAGUUACAGUGGCUAACCCACACAGCCGUAGUUUACGUCUUUUAUGGAGAAUAUUAGCGGUAUUUUGUAACUAAAACUGACUCAAGCGUUAAAUAAUAACACUGUGUCUGAAGUCUGGAGUUUCUACUAAUAAGUAGAGGGUAAGGGUGAAGCAAACCUGCAACACGUGCAAGCGGCUAGCGAGGCUCCAGCCGUGAAGCUAACAUGUGUACCGGUUAUCCCACACCCGUUUACUCCCACGCCGGACGAGGAUGCUUCCAAGAUGUGUACGAGCCUGCGGAGGACUCUUUCCUCUUGAUAGACGCCCUGGAGAAAGAUGCGCAGAGGCUGCAACUGAUGAGCCCGAGUGUGUGUGUGGAGGUUGGCAGUGGCUCUGGAGUGGUGUCUGCAUUUCUGGCAUCAGUGGUCGGACCUUCAGCUUUAUACAUUUGCACUGAUGUGAAUCCUGCAGCAGCACAGUGCACAGAAAUGACAGCCUCCUGUAACAAUGUGUCACUGCAGCCUGUCAUCACAGACCUGGUGGAGUGUCUUCUGCCUCAGCUGAGUGGAAAAGUGGAUGUCCUCCUGUUCAACCCUCCCUAUGUGGUGACACCAUCAGAAGAGGUCAGCAGCAGAGGUAUAGAGGCUGCCUGGGCUGGUGGGAGGCGAGGACGAGAGGUGACCGACAGAUUUCUGCCCCUGGUAGCACAAUUGCUGUCUAGUGAAGGGCUGUUUUACCUCAUCACCAUUGCUGAGAAUGAUCCAGAGGAGAUCAUCCAUUUACUGGGAAACUAUGGCUUAAAGGGAGAGUCAUCCUUGUCCACAAGAGCUAGAAAUGAGAGACUGUCCGUCCUGCGCUUCCAUAGGAACCAGAUUUGCCACCAAGAAGAACUACACACAUAAAGGAACUGUUCCUGGAAACUGAGAAAAAACUAUAAAUAUGUAUAAAUAUUUUCUUCUUUUAUAUCUUGUCUUCUUCUGUGUCCUGUUUAAAAUGCUUUUUUU